CAUCAUCAUCAUCAUCAUGCGCGAAGAAUAGAACGGUCGCCGUCGCCACCUACACUGACGACAUCGCUUAUUGACCGGCUCCUUCUGGUUCUGCUUAAGAUCCCUUCCAGCUAUGGGGGAUGUAACGAAGACGUUCUUGUAUGCGUGGUGCGGGAAACAAAAAGCCACCCCACAAUAUGAGUUCAAAAACACGGGCCCGAAACAUCGCCAAAGGUUCUUAUGCGAGGUCCGCGUUUCUGGCCACGACUAUGUUGCUGUUGGAAAUUCUACCAACAAAAAAGAUGCACAAACCAAUGCAGCGAGAGAUUUUCUUCAAUAUCUCGUCCGCAGCAACAUAUUGCAGGCGUCAGAAGUUCCCAUUGAGAUCCCGAGUGGAAGCACACCUUGUGGAGAGUCAGGAGAGGGCCCUGUUAUGUCAGGAGGACCUCCACCACCACCUGGUGGUUUUUCAAACGAGAACCAGUCUCAGGUCCUGCCUUAUCGGCAGGGGCCCCCCAUCACCUACUUGGAUCGACUGGCAGAAAAGCGCCGUUUAGAAGAAGCUGAAGACCUGGAUAUUAACUCAGGCAUUCAUGGGAACUGGACCAUUGACAAUGCUAAGUCACGGUUACACCAGUUUCUCCAGACCAACAAAAUCAACGUGGACUAUGCGUACCACGAGAUAGGACCAGGUCACGGAAAGUCAUUCAUAGCCGAGAUGGCUUUCUUUGUGCGCAAAUUGAACACGCGGGUUCAUGCGAGAGAGCAAGGCUCCAAUAAACUGAUGGCAUCUAAGUCGUGCGCUCUCUCACUCGUGAGGCAGCUCUUUCAUCUCGGUGCAAUUGACGCCUACUCGGGUGUGGCAAAAAAGAAAACUGAGAGCAAGUUGGAACCUUAUGAAGUUGCUGUCAAACCAGAGCUUGCUGAGGAGCUAGAGAGCGUCAUACAGUCCUUGAAUAUCAACCGCAUCACAGUUCCUCCCCUUGACCACAAGUCGGAGGAUACCGGUGCGUUUAGUCUCAAGGUACCCAAGGCAUUGGAGGAAGAGAAGGUAGUGUCACAACCAGUGCCGGGAGGAGUGGUACCCUGGUCACCUCCCCAGCAAAACUGGAACCCGUGGAUUUCUUGCAAUAUUGAUGAGGGUCCCAUGGCUACCUUGACACUGCAACAGAUCAGUGAGAACAUACUCAACAGCUACAAUGACCAAAUCGACAGAGAUCCGAAGCUGAAAAAGAUGCUGGAUGAGCGUUAUCAGCUUCCCGUUUACAAGUCCUACGACGCCAUCUUGGAUGCUGUCCACGAGUCUCCCGUAGUAAUAAUUCGCGGGGCAACAGGUUGCGGAAAAACCACUCAGGUUCCCCAAUAUAUCUUGGAUUCGUACAUCAAUCAGGGCAUCGGUGCUGAGUGUGCUAUAAUUGUGACUCAGCCUCGUCGCAUCAGCGCCACUUCGGUGGCCGAGAGAAUCGCUGAAGAGCGUGCGGAAGAAUUGGGCCAGAGCGUGGGAUACAGCGUCCGUUUCGAAUCCGUUUUACCUCGUCCGUACUGUUCCAUCUUGUUCUGCACUGUGGGCGUCCUGCUGCGAAAGUUGGAAGCUGGAUUGCGAGGGGUGUCGCACGUCAUCAUCGAUGAAAUUCAUGAACGAGAUGUCAAUACUGAUUUCAUCAUGGUCGUGGUCCGUGAUAUAAUCAGGGCAUUCCCGCAUCUCAAAGUGAUCCUUAUGUCUGCAACCAUUGAUACUACACUCUUUCAAGAGUACUUUGACAACUGCCCUGUCAUAGAGGUCGAGGGCAGGUCAUACCCCGUGCAAGACUACUUCUUGGAAGAUUGCAUUGACAUCUUGGACUUUGUUCCACCUCCUAACAACAAGAAGCGACGGAAGGACGACGACGACGGCAUCGAAACGGAUGAAGCUGACGAAAAUUUGAACAAGGUGAUAGGACCUGGUUACAAGCCCAGCACCAAAGCUGCAAUGGCACAGCUGGACGAAAAGCAGCUAUCGUUUGAGCUUAUCGAGGCGCUGCUCACCUACAUCUCAGGACUGGAAGAAAAAGGCGCUGUCCUCAUAUUCUUACCGGGAUGGAAUCUCAUAUUUGCUCUAAUGAAGCACCUGCAACAGCACCCGGUGUUUGGAACUUCACGGUACUUGAUCCUUCCAUUGCACUCUCAAGUACCACGAGAGGAACAGCAAAGAGUGUUCAGGGCUGUUCCGGACAAUGUCACUAAGGUGAUCCUGUCGACGAAUAUUGCCGAGACUAGCAUCACGAUCAAUGAUGUGGUUUACGUGAUUGACUCGUGCAAAGCGAAGAUGAAGCUUUUCACUUCCCACAACAACAUGACAAACUACGCCACAGUAUUUGCGUCAAAGACCAACCUAGAACAGCGACGAGGCCGUGCUGGGCGUGUGCGUCCUGGCUUCUGUUUUCACUUGUGCAGUAGGGCACGUUUUGAAAAGCUGGAUAAUUACACAACACCCGAGAUAUUCAGGACUCCCUUGCAUGAGCUGGCCCUUGCAAUCAAGCUUCUGCGUUUGGGAGACAUCACAAAGUUUCUCGCGAAAGCACUGGAGCCACCGCCACUGGACGCUGUUAUUGAAUCUGAAGUCCUUCUCAGAGAGAUGGGAGCGUUGACUGUCUACGGGGAGUUGACGCCACUCGGGAAAAUACUGGCUCGCCUCCCCAUUGAACCCCGCCUCGGAAAGAUGCUCAUCCUCGGACUUAUCUUUGGUUCCGGAGAUGCCCUGUGCACGAUCUCUGCUAACAGCAGCACGUUCCCCGAGCCGUUUGACACGCCGUUUCCGCGCCGUUUGGGCUUCGUUCACCGUCGCUUCUUCGGAAACCGCUGGAGCGAUCACGUCACUCUGCUGAACGUCUACAGCCGUUGGGAGCAGGCUCACAUGCAGGGAGAGUACGCGGAGUCUGCUUUCUGCGACAAGUUUUCCGUUUCGAUGCCGACAAUGCGCAUCACUCACGACGCAAAGAAUCAGCUGGUGACACUGCUUCAGACAGCCGGGUUUCCGGAACUUAGCGUGGCACCGGAGAGCUACGCGUUCCAAGGACAGGAUGCAAAGCUGGACGUGGUUGUAGGUCUGCUAACAAUGGGCCACUACCCCAACAUUUGCUACCACACGGAGAAGAGAAAAGUGUUGACAACUGACAAUCGAACUGCGCUCAUUCACAAGCUCUCGGUCAACUGUACCAACCUACCGCAAAAGUUCCCGUCUCCUUUCUUUGUCUUUGGAGAAAAGGUUCGUACCAGGGCAGUGUCAUGCAAGCAAAUGAGCAUGAUAUCUCCUCUUCACAUCCUGUUGUUUGGCUGCAAACGAGUGGAGCUGGUUGGCGAUGUGGUCCAAGUGGACGGAUGGAUCAACUUGAAAAUGGACCCUCAAGUUGCAGCCAACAUUGUUGCUCUUCAGCAAUGCGUUGAAAAUCUGAUCUCCGAGUCUGCAGCAGAUCCUGAGCUGCUCAGCCAGCCCCACGAAGAGUUUGCUCGGGUAACGGACAUCGUGAAGAAGCUGUGCCGCUUUGAUGCUGCUCAGCUUAGCUCCGACAAUGUUGUCGUUGCGGACUCCUUUGAGUACGACGCCCCACCGAGGAAAGCCCCGCGCCUCAGCUCGGGCAUGAACCGGCCACUGGAUGGCAGUGACAACUCUGGAGGAGGAGGCUUCAGGGGAGGACCAAGAGGGUUUAGGGGCGGCUUCGGAGGUGGCCCCCGAGGGGGAUUUAGGGGGGGUUAUGGGAACCCCUCUGAUGGUUAUGGAGGUGGUGGCUACAGAGGAGGAUAUGGUGGGGGAUAUGGUGGGGGAUUCAGGGGGCGUGGAAACGGAUUUGGUGGUGGUGGUAGUGGUGGUGGCGGCUACGGUGGGCAGUACGGUAACAGGGGUGGUGGUUAUGACUCUCAGAGGGGAUAUCGGGGUGGGUUUGGACGUGGGGGCCGUCGGCCCUGGUAAACUGUCAUUUGGGGAUUUGUCGCACCUAACACGGGGCUUUGUCGACUGCAAAUAUUCUGUUUGCUUGGAGUUGAGUUGUGGGUGAGAGAAAUCACCCUUUCCCCAAAGUUAUUGCAACAGCAUGAGCUAGUCAGUUUGACUGUAUUUGGCAUUUUAUCUCAAUCCCCUGACUUGUUCUAUGUAUUCCCCCAUUUCCCAUGCUGUAAAAUACACAUCUUUAGCAUUCUUCGAAUUCUUUAGCAUUACUUGUGCCGCAUGUAAUAUACACAUGGCAAUGUGGUGUGGAGGUGGUGCUGUAAAAAAUAUGCAGUCUUGCCUCCCUUUUUUUUUCUGCAUAAUAAAGAUGCAGCUUCUCAAGUGUA